CCACUGGCUGAAGUGUUUUAUAGCAGCUGGGCGUGGUCAGAUGAGGUCAGUACCCCGUCCUGUCCUGUGUAGGAACUGUAGACCAAAACGUUUUUUGCCUGCGGGUGACGUGAAUGUAUCAACGUUGGUGGCUUGUUAGUGUCCGCGUAUAGCUUCAAAGUACAGCAGAAGUCUGGUACUAAGAUCUAUCGUACUGACAUGCAUUGGCGUUGAAGGAUCUGGAGGCCGCGCUGGUAGAUGGCGCUAGUAUCGUACUUCGUGACGUGUGUGCCCGUCUGUUGAGGUUUCUUACCGAGAGGAAGGACAUCUUAAUUAAGAAUUUUGAAGACUCUCUUAGAGAUUUACUCUGCCAAAGCAAAGUGGGCCCAGUACAAUUUAGAAGCAGUGAUACAGGAAGCUGGCUGAAGCUCUCUGCAGGAGAGAGGCUAACAAUUUUGAUGUGGCUGGUUGAUCAUGUGUACCAAGAAAAGAACGAAGAGCUUGCAGAAUACUUAGAAGACAACUAUGAUGCCGAUGAAUUGAGAGGAAUUUGUGCUGGCCAUGAUGCUUUUAACAACUCGUACUGGUACCUAGGAGAUUUACGUUUAUACCGGGAAAAGAAGACGAGCCGUAAAGAGUGGGAGUGUGUUUGUGUGACUUUGGCCGAGUGGCAGACUUUCCUGAGACAGUUUCGUAAAACUACAAAUCCAAGGGAGCGAGAACUUUACAUUUAUCUUCACUACCAACUAUUUCCACUCAUCAGAACUGAGUUAAAAGAGUUACAAGCCAAAGAAAACAUAACGGAAGCAGUGCAUCAAGAUAUUUUAGAGAGAGAAUUAGCAGAGAUUAAGAAAGACUUAGAAGUUUGGGAGGAGACUAAAGAAGCAGGACAGGAGGUCUUCGAAGGAGAAUCGGUAGCAGAGACUCGGAAAUAUAUAGAAACUUGGGAAACAAAAGAAGAACAUCAGGAGAACUUACAAAGAGAUUUAAAAAAAGUUGAUAAAAAUUUAGUAACCCUGGAAACCAAAACUAUAGCGGUAAAUCAAAAGGUCUCGGAAAAUGCAGACAAAGAUUUAAAAACCCUAAAGAAAACGGAACUUAAGCACCAGGAGAUACAAAAGUGCGAGACAAAAGAAGUGGAAAGUAUGUUGGAAAAGAAUGUUGGUUGUCAUAGUGACAGCAGUGCUUUAGCAAUAGUGGAUGGGAUAGAAUGUCAUAAGGAUGUGAAUGGUAUUGUGAAAUCAUUAAAAAAUGGUAUCAAGAGUGAUUUUGAAGACUUUCUGCCAGAAACAAACGUGCAUAAAAUAGAAAGUGACUUGAAAUUAAAAGACUGUGACAGUAAUUCACUAAUUAGUGCUACUGUAACUUUAGAUUUUCAAUCUGCUAACAUGACUAGUUCGUCUGCUAAUAUUUUGUGUAACAAUAAAAGCGGAUGCGGCACUGUUAGCGGUAGCGCAGAUACCACUAACUGUCCCAGUACUGUGUCUGACAGCUGUUCUGACCCAGUCCGUAAAACUUCAGCUUCCAAACCGGAAAGCACUGUUCAAAGCUGCAAUAACCCGGGAAGCACAACUCCGAGCCAUGAGAAUUCUCAAGAUUCAAAUCUUCCUGCAAUACCAGACAAUCGAAGUGAUGCAUCAGGCAGCAGUAACAAAGAAAAUGCACCACCAUCGUCAUCUGGCAAUAGUUUACAAGAUGUCUCCCAUGUUUCAGCGAUAUCAAACAUGGUUCAUUCAACAAUCAGUGCUCCACAAUCAUCAGCAUCCAUCCAACCAUUGUCUAACAAUAUGCUCAGCAAGUCCUCAGAUGUGAUGGAAACACAAUACCUGCAACAACAGAGUCACAUCUUCGUAUUUUCUACAAACCGAGCUAAUAAAGCUGCUGAUGCUGUUCUGUCUGGUCAAUUUCCAUCCAUGAUAGCAUUUCACUGUAGUCAGCCAGGAACAAAACGUUUCUUAGAGAUGCAUCCAGUAAAGACUCAACAAUUUUACAAACAAAACCCGGCAACAUGGCUGAACACACUAGCCCAGAUGAAACAAAGCAGGCAGAAUAAGAUUGGAGACACAGAUAAGACAGUUGGAACCUCUUCAUUUAUUCCUCACUUUUCACCUGAGCCAUGUUCAGGAUCAUGCCUUUCCCACAGUCACAGUUUAUGCUCUAGUUCCUGUACCCCCCUUGGUAACAACCCUUGUUCGCAACCUGGAAGUUGUCCUAGGAUCGGACCAUGUGAUGUUCACGGGUCGGGUGCUUGUUCGGGAUCUAGUGGGGAAUCUGUAUGGGGAAGUCAGUGUCGAUCUACAGAUGUUUGGCAAGGAACACAAUGGGGAAGAUCACAGUGUGAUUGCGAUUUACCGACACAACAAUUUCAGAAUCCAAUGAUGAGACCAGGAAUUCCAUGCUAUAAGACGGGAGGAUCACAUCCAGGCUGCUGUGUGCCUCACCAACACACUGUAAAUCCAAGUAACGUAGCCAUGAACAGUGAUGAACCUUCACUAGUUGGUGUUAAGAUCCCAAAUGAGAAUCUUACUCCCCAACAACGUCAGCAUCGAGAAGAACAGCUUGCUACUAUUAGAAAGAUGCAGCAACUUUUGUUCCCGGACCAAAAUCAAUAUCAGGCUCCUCCAGGGGGCAUGAUGCCAGUUGGACAGAAUGGAUUCCGUUUGCCUGAAAGGCUGUCGUCAUCAACGGACGUGCCAUGUCUACCUCGAGGGUGUGGCAUAAGAGAUCACCCUUGUACCCACCCACCUUCUGAUAGGGCUAUGGUUUCUCUGUCUUCUAGCGUGAGACCCCCAUUUCUUUCUCACCAAAAUGUGCCUUUUGGACCUCAAACUGCCCAGGCGGACUUCCAUCCUCACCAUUAUCCCUGUGAAGAUCAGAAGAAGCCACAGCAAGGUGGUCACUUCUUCCUUCAGCAAGGAGUAACUAAUUCAAAUCCAGAUCAACAUCUGAAUCCCUCUCAUCUUCAAGGUUCUAGAGGAUCUCUGCCACCUAGCUCUUCAUCAACAAGAUUUACCUCUCCUGUUGACCCUUCUUGCCAACAUACUUAUUCCACUAUGCCAGGCCCAAGCUUUUCCCAUAGUAGCCCAAGAUGUGGCACAUUAAUGAACAUGACCAUGAACUCUGCUAACUCUACUACUACCUCUUCCUCAGUUACUCCACCAAAUGGUAGCUUAGCAGCUAUGUCUAAUCUCAUUAACAUAAACUGUACUCCCACAAGCAUACCAUCCAGUACCACAUCCAUUCCUAAUGCUAUAACUGCCCCAGGUUUGGGAAGUUCUGGGAAAAGAAAGAUGUCUUCAACGGGAAAACAAACUCAGCAACUCCUUCAAGACACCACUACUACCAGAACACUUACUAAUGACUCUUUAAUCUCUCCACCAUCAAAGACCAUGUCUCUGAACAAUGGUUCAGGUGGAACGUUUCCAAAUUCCAGUGGACCCCUAACCCACACACCUCCAAUUACACCACAGCAUUGUAAGAUGGCUUCAGCACUCUCCAACAUGCUGACCAAGGAGCCAAACCUAAUGCCUGUACCCUCCCCACAACAAAUAGCUUUUGAAGGACAAGAACUAACUAUACAGAAACAACCUAAUAUUAAUCUUAGAGACCCGAGCACAGUGUCUCCUUCAGGGCUACCACCUGGUAAUACAGAUGCGAGUUAUAUGCCAAGUAGAGGUCCUCCUGUUGGUUCAGGUUGCACCUCUACUGCUUGUAGUGGACCUCGCACACUUUCGUCACAAGAUGGGGGGUUAUCCAACAAUGCUGGUUUCCAUGACAACAGGCUGAUACCACAAAACUUGCCAAGAUUCCCAGGGCCUCAGGAGUCCAGUUUGGAGCAAAUGGCUCGUCUGGCAGGGAUUGCAUCAACAGACAAGUUUAUGGGACAAGUAGCUCAACCUCCAGGGAUGACCACAUCUGUUAAUAAUAUAGGUAUUCUGCAAAAGUUUCCAACAGUUGGUCCAAAGAAUAGGUUUGGUGUGCCUACUGCUAAUCCAGAAGCUAGAUUUGGAGCUCCUACUGCUAAUCCAGAAGCUAGAUUUGGAUCUCCUACUGCUAACCCAGAAGCUAGAUUUGGAUCUCCUACUGCUAACCCAGAAGCUAGGUUUGGAGCCCCUACUGCUAACCCAGAAGCUAGGUUCGGAGCCCCUACUGCUAACCCAGAAGCUAGGUUUGGAGCUCAUACUGCUAACCUAGAAAUCAGGUUUGGAGCUCAUACUUCUAAUCAAGAAGCUAGGUUUGGAGUUCCUACUGUCAAUCCUGAACUUAGAUUUGGAGUUCCUACUGUCAAUCCUGAACUUAGAUUUGGAGUUCCUACUGUCAAUCCUGCAGCUAGGUUUGGAGUUCCUACUGCCCCUCUUGGGACUCAGUUUGGAACCCCUAUUGAUACUGAAGCUAGGUUUGGGAUACGUACUGGUAAUCCUGGAGCUCCGUCUGGGACCAGAUUUGAAGCUACAUUUGCUGAUACUAAAGGUAAGCUAGAGCGUCAGACUGUUGAUCCUGGACGUAGGUUUGGUGAAGGAGUACAGACCCUGCCAAAUUUUCCUGCUGAGUCUCCCCUUCAACCUCUAGAUUCUCAACUUUAUAACCAUCCAGACAUGUCUACUCCUGCAGGUUCAUCACACCUCCAGUCCUUACAGAAGAUGACACUUCCUUUUGAUAGUCCUCCAACCAGCAAACCAACAGUAGGCUUAGUAUCUGCAUCAAAUGCACCAGGAAGAAAUAAUGAUCUUCCUAUACAACCUGCUUCUCAACCUUUGGCUUCACACAGAUUAACUCAUUUUGAACCUUUACCCUCCAAUCAUUGUGAUUCUACAAGAUCUGUGGACUUGGAUGGAAACUCUCAGAUGCUGGCAAGUAUGAAUACAUCCAGCACGAAACCCAGUUCUUUCUCAGGGAAUGCCAACCAGGGCCAAAAAGUAAACUUCAAUUCAUCCAUGCAAGGUCUCCACCAAACUAUGGACCAGCACACAGCAGGAUCUCAACAACAUCUACAGAACUCUCAAAUGGCCCACAAUAUAAGAGCAUGUCCUCAGACUGUAAAUAAUACAUAUGUGAAUGCUACAAUGGCCAUACAGCAGGUAAACAUUCAGAAUGUAACAACUGCAUCAAUGCAACCAAACCCAUCAAUUAUACCUGGACAACAAACAUUUAGUUCAUCUGUCACAACAGGUCACCCAAUUGUACACAGCUCGGCUUCUCCAACACCUCCAAUGUUUAUGGGAUCUUCAGGACCUAGCCCUCACAUGUUACAUCCUUCUACGGGACAACGAGUGACGUGUCACCAAACAAUGAACACCUCGGGCUUGCAUAUCAGGCCUGGAAUAAUACCCUGCCUCCCAGAAAUGCCAGUACAAUCUGUCAAUGGUGCCAACAUUCAGGUCAAAGCCACUGCACCCAAUACAAUUCAAUAUCUUCCUACUAGGCCACAAGUUCCUUCAACUCGUGGGUCAGAGUGUCCACCAAGUAUGGAGUUUCUCCACAGAUUAGCAAUGCCUUUGACUAAUUUAGACAGUAAGGUUCCCACCCAGAACCUCCAAUAUUUCCCUGGGAUAGUUCCAAUGAAUGACCCUACACAACCAGGCCCACAUAUAAGACCAGACAUGGGUCCAGUGACUGGUAUGCAUGGUAUCCAACAUGUGGGAAUGGCCAAUGGUCCAAUGUUACAGAGGUCAGCUUCUGAGCAUAUGCCAUGUGUAGAGGCACAAUUGUAUCAGGGGCAGAUGGUUCCUCAUGCUAUCCACUGUCAUCCACAACUUGCACGAUAUCCUGGUGGAAGAGCACUACCUGGCAUGACAGUGGAAGGAGGGUUUCCUGACAAACCAUAUUCAGUGUCUCAUGCAGGACUAGGUUCCAACACCUGUCAACCUCUCCCACCCUCCAUAAAUUACAAUCGAACAACUGCUGAUCCAGGAUAUGCAGUGCAGUUCCACAAUUUCCAGCAGCAGCUUUAUGCAUCUGACACUUUUGGCUGUCAAAUGAAUUCCCACAACAAUGUGCUGCCCACACCAAACUUUCUUGGGCCUAAGUGAUCAAUGUAAGCGGCAUAAAUGUCUUUUGAACCGAAGUUAUUACCAACUAGAGGUGUCAUUGUAGAUCAGAAAUAAUAAGCCUGUUGGCCAGAUGAAGAUAUAUUUGUGAGUUGAAGAGUUGACUAUAUUGACGUUAACACAGUGAUUCUGUACUGUAACAAAAAGCAGCAACGAUCAUAAUUAACAGUGUGUGUUAAACAGUAGUAAGAAGGAGCUUUGACUGAUGGUUUAAGCAAGUAGAAGCAUAAAAUUGAGCAAUCAGUGUUGUGAACUUCAACAGCUCCUCACUUAAAUUCACUUCUUACACUGAAACCGUUUAACCCGAGAACUGUGUCUACCAUAGAUUGCAUUUGUGAGAUACUCUGUUAGUUCUUUUUAAUCUUCUUAAAUGCUUAGUGAAAUCAUUAAGAUUUCAUUGCUCAAAUGGUGUUAGUAACAGGAAAAAACAAGUUGUAGAAAGAAAAAAAAACAUUAAGGAACUGAGAAAAAGUUAUCUCUUUAUUAUUAUAUCUUUGUGAGAAGAUGGAUAUUUCAAAAUAUGUUAAAUUGUGAAUUAAUCUAUAUUUUGGCAGUUAAACUGCUCAUAUAGUACCAUUUGUGGUAUCUUUUUUAUCUUGUUAUUAUUUUAUUCAUUAAUGAAGUAUAGCUUUGUCUGUUAUUAAAGGCUUGUUAUAUUUGUAUUUUACACACACUUGUGCAGUUCAGGUUACAGUUGCCUGAAUAUUGAUUUCUUGGUGCCAACUAGUUGAGUUUUUUUAUUCACAUUUUGUGUCAGUAUUUUAUCAUAUAUCUCUUUUUUGUGAUCUUAAAAAAAAUCGACCUGGUCUAUUUAUGUUCUUUUGGUUGCCACCAGGGAGUCAAUUUUCUUCAUGGUGCUGCUCAGGAUUAAAGCUCAACUGUUUUUAAUGAAAUUGCCUAUGCUGGUUUUCCGGGGUCUCAGGAGAAAUGUAAUUCGUGUAGAAAUUGUAUAUUUUAAUCCAUAGAUAAUAUCUUGUUAUAUUGUCUAUGUAAAAUUUUGUCAUAGGUAAUUUUAACUACAAACAGAAAGUCUUAGUAUGGCAAAAUUUGUGAUAAGAGCUGGCCAAAUCUUAAUGAAAUAAAAGAACAACGAAACUUGAUCUUAAAUAUAUUUUAAUCUUGUUUUUCAGUCCCUACAAAUAUUUCUGCAUUUUUAUAUUAUUAUCAGAUCUGAAAUUUUCAAAAAAGAAAAUCGUUAUAAAGUAAUAAUAGAGGAAUAUCCAUUAAUUAGAGAUUUGGUAGAGCAAUGAUAAGUAAAAAUAGAUUUUGAAAAUUUGUACGAGAUCUUCCUUCUAGGUGAUAGAUAUUAAAUCGUAACCAGAUUUUAUAUAAGACCUAGCUCAAAACACAUUUCAUCAGGCUUGCCUUUUUCUAAUAAAUUGUUCUUUCUAGUUAGAAGCAUUAGCAUGUAUAUAUUGUUUGUGACCUGUCCUUUCCAUACACUGAUUGAGAAACAAGGUAUAUGUGUUUGAAGCUAUAAUAUUAGUUAAAUAUUUUAUAUAAUUAGUAAAGAAAAAAUACUUUAAUUAUAAAACAAACUUACAGGUAGGAAGUUGAAAGAUGGUUAAAACAAACUACAGCGUCAUGGACUUUUCUCGCCAAGAUUUAAUUUAUAAUGUCUUUCACUAAGAUGAUAUCAACAUAAGCAUUUCCUGAAUAAAGAUAAUGUGCCAGAAGAGUACUUUUUUUAAAAAAUGUUUUCACUUUGUUCCGUUUUUCAGUACUUAAUUUUAACUGAGACAUCUCAGAAGUGUAAACAGUAUUCUGUAGGACAUUUGCUUUACAAAAAAAAUUUUGGUUACUUGAUAUGACAAUGCAAAGCCAAAAGUAUAUAAUUUUUUGUCGGUAUGUUUUAUUGUAAAACUUUUGUCAUUGUUUUCGUGCACUGUUAUACGUUAUGAUGCUAUAUUGGUUCUUUUGUUGUUAUUAAAUUCAAUAAAAACUGUUGCAUAGAAUUUUA